UUCACAUAUUGCAUUAUCAACAAAUUAAUAAGUUUUAAAGUGAAAGGUAGAAAUUCCUGUUAAAAAUCAAAAAAGAAAAUACGCAUUUUUUGUGGAAAUUGUAAACGUGCAGAUGUGUGCGUGUUUGACUGGAGACAAUAGAAUAAAGAGAAAUACAAAAAAGCCGGAAUUUUCUUAUGAAAGAAAUUUUAUCAACAUGAUGGAAGCUUCACAUCAAACUCCUGCCGAAGUUCGUGAGGUGUUAAGUAAAUAUUUGGAACUGUUUCAACAAAAUAGCAUUGAAUUUAAAUAUUAUCUGGCACCGAACAGUGUGAUCGAUUGGUAUGGCCGCACUAUACGUGGAGCAAAUAAAAUUCAUGAUUAUUUAAGACAUGAAAUUCACAAUAACUUUGAUCACACUGAGUUUUUGGAACCAAACAAAUGUGCACCCAUCGAAACCAAAACCAGUCACAUGCGCACCAAAAUUAUAUCCACCAAACCCAUUGAUCUUGUACAUCCCAUAAAUCGUGUACCAGAUAUGGUACCUUUAAAAUCCUACGCCGACAGUGAUGUAGAAGACAAUGAUCUACCCGAAACAUCAGCAUUUGCUGCUGCCAUUAUCAGUAAUCAGCGAAAAACUCCUGAAAAAUGUACCAGUACAUUGGCCAUAGGGGAUUUAACGCCACCAGCAAGUGCAACAAAAGAUGAAAAAGAGCCGGAAUUACAAGAACAAGAAAAGAUCGAAGACCUAGACAGACCACCUAGAUCUUUGAAACGCAUACAUUCGGGACGUUUUAGUUAUUUGAGGCGAUUGCCAACGGCUCCUUCGACCAGUAAACGGGUGAGUAAGGAAUACAAAGGUAUACGUACCUUGCUAGAUGAUUCAUCCAGUGAAGACGAUGAUUUAGAAACAAUGGAGGCUCUCUAUACCCCCUUGAGGUAUAUAGAGGUCAAGGGCAUAAUACGUAAUCGCAAUACUGCCCCGUCACGCCAAAGAAGUGCUCUCUGGCGUGAUUGCACUCAAUUGGAAACUCGUUUGCGUAUAUCUUAUCGUCGCAAAUUGGAAGAUAAUCAAUUACAAUUUGCCCUUAUAAUAUAUGAGUCAUGCAAUGCAACACCUACUACCACAAAACGUAAUCUAAUGACACAUUUCUCAAUGACUGAACCACCGACUGAUAAUAAUGAUAUAGAAACUAAUCUGGAACAUCAUGAACACACAGAAGAAAUGGUGGUAGAAAGUGUUUUGCAUGAACCAGUACUUAUAGAACCACAUACGAUAACAACUACCACCACUUUGCUGGGCAAUAGCGAUGAUCCUUUUAAUGAGGAUGAUGAGGGCUCUUUGGAAACAUUAUCGGUAGCUCACAUGCGCACCCCUACCAAAUUUACGCACACUCCGCCGGCUACACCCAAACGAAAACCUCGAUCUUUGUUUCAAAGUGCUUCCGGGUUGAAACGUUUAAAUAGUUCACCCACCGCUCCUACGCCCAAGCGUAGUGCGGCUCGUAGUUUAAGACUUUAAUUAUACAAAAUAUGAUUACGACCAAUUUAUUUUAUAUCGUUUCUUGAACAGUUUUACUUCUUGUUUUUUAUAUAUAUUUUGGUUUGUUUUACAAGUGAACACUUU